AUGACUCUGUGUGACGAGAUCGAAGGGGGAUGUUAUCUUCCUCACCAUGCUGUCAUCCAGGAGUCCAGUGAGACCACCAAAGUUCGAGUCGUGUUCGACGCCUCCGCGAAGACUUCUACGGGCAUUUCCCUCAACGACACUCUUCUUGUCGGGCCCACGAUCCUUAAUCCCAUCUUUGAGCAAGUCCUUCGAUUUCGCGUUCAUCGGUAUGUCAUUACGGCUGACAUUGAGAAAAUGUACCGUCAGAUUCUCGUCCAUCCGGAAGAUCGUCAAUUUCAGAAGCUUUUAUGGACCCAUCAUGGCCAACUUCGAACAUUUCAACUAAUUACUGUCACUUUCGGGACAGCCUCGGCCCCCUUUCUCGCGGUUCUUACCAUGCAACAGCUUGCUCGGGACGAAGCAGAGCAUUUCCAACGCGCUAGCAAACUCUUACUUCGCGAUUUUUACGUCGAUAAUUUUAUCUCCGGUGCAGAUUCUCUCGACGAUCUCCUAACCAUCCGGGAUGAGAUGAUGGCAUUGUUAGCUCGCGGCGGUUUCAAAAUUCGUCAAUGGGCAUCCAACCACAGCGCGGUACUCAAUUCCAUACAUAAAAAAUUCUUCGACCUGGAUUGUCUGGUCAGAACUGACUCAAUUCAAAAAACUCUAGGUAUCAUCUGGGACGCCGAAAGCGACGUCCUUCGAUACACCAUUGCCCAAGUGAACCCGAAUGUUUCCGCAACCAAACGGAAACUCCUCUCUGAGCUAUCCAAAAUUUUCGACCCAUUAGGUUUAUUAGGUCCCAUAACUCUUCUCGUGAAGACCCUCAUCCAGGAUUGCUGGAAGGCAAAAAUCACAUGGGAUGAGUCGCUUCCUCAGGAUAUCCAUUCCAAAUGGAGAUCAUUAGCAUCUCAGCUUCCACGCUUCCAAGACGUGGUCUUCUCGCGUCAGAUUCUGAUUCCGAACGCUGUAAGCAUCGAACUUCACGGAUUUUGUGAUUUGUCCAUCAACGGCUACGGAGCCUGUCUGUGUAUUAAGUCUCAGGACUCUCAGGGCACUGUCGUGAUUAGAUUGAUCUGCAGUAAAUCUCGAGUAGCCCCUCUGAAAGGAGUCACAAUUCCGCGUUUAGAACUUUGCGCAGCCUCCGUUCUCAAAAGGCUAUAUGUCGAGACUAGGGCUCAAAUAGAAUUUUCGAUCGAUCAGGUAUACUUAUGGUCGGAUUCCACCAUCGUGCUGUGUUGGUUAAAGAAGGCUUCUCAUCUUCUGCGUACCUUUGAAGCGAACCGGGUCGCAGAUAUUCAAACUUUAGGAGAUGAGGUUAUCUGGAAACACAUCCGAUCCGAGGAUAAUGCCGCUGAUGCCCUAUCCAGAGGACAGAUGCCUUCAGAAUUUCUAAAAAAUGCACUCUGGACUACCGGGCCCGAAUGGCUACUCCAUAAUCCAACACAAUGGCCAAAUUCAAUCAUACCUUCAAACCUUCAAGUUCUGGCAUUAAAGAAAGGCAUUUUCCUCCUGGCUGAGGCAUCUCCAGAAGCGAUAUACGCGCGAUUUUCCAAUUUUGAACGGCUUACACGGGUUAUUGCGUGUAUCCUCCGAUGGAAAAAAUCGGAAAUUCCGCGUUCGAACUCCUUUUCAAUUGACGAGCUCCAAGAAGCCGAAUAUCGUAUCUUAGCUAUGGUCCAGCGCGAACGAUUUUCCAACGAACUACGAAAGCUAGCCGCGACCCACGAUUCCAGCGAAUCAGUCCGACCGCGUCGAACAGGGACUCCUUUUGACCAAUUACAUCCCUUCAUUGACGACAAGGGAAUUCUACGGGUAGGUGGACGCCUCACCCAGUCGGAACUUCCGUUUAAUCGGAAACACCCCAUUUUACUACCAAGUAAACAUCUCGUCAUUGAUAUGCUCAUUCGCCGAGUUCAUCAGUCAAACUACCACGCCGGGAUUCAGACUACCCUGUAUGUCCUUCGAUCCAAAUGUUGGAUUCUCAAUGGCAAGGAUCAAAUCAGGAAAAUUAUUCAUUCCUGCCUUGAAUGUAUCCGCCAGAGACCAAAAUUUGCCCAUGCUCAGAUGGCAGAUCUCCCAAAAUUCCGUGUUAACGAAGCCCCAGCAUUCGCGAAAACAGGCGUCGACUUCUUCGGGCCAAUUCCGAUCAAAGAGAAGAAGGAUCUCAAUCGAUCUUUUUUGAAGGCAUACGGAUGCGUUUUUAUAUAUAUGGUGUUCGUUAGUAGAAGAGGAGUUCCGGAACACAUGUACUCCGAUAACGGCACGAACUUCGUCGGGGCGAACCGAGAACUCAACGAAUUAUACAAUCUGAUCUCGAGUCCUGAUUUCGAAGAAACUGUGGGCGCGUACGCGACAUCUAAACGCAUCCGUUGGCAUUUCAAUCCACCAUUAUCUCCCCAUUUUGGCGGGAUUUGGGAAGCAGCCGGAAAGAGUUUCAAACAUCAUUUGAAACGCGUUUUAAAAGACCAUAAAUUAACCUAUGAUCAAUUAAAUACUCUCUUAAUAGAAAUUGAAUCAAUUUUGAAUUCCCGACCGUUGUGUGCUCUUUCGGCUGAUCCCAAUGAUCCCAUAGCUAUAACCCCAGCACAUUUACUUAUUGGUCGUCCAUUCAAUCAAUUACCCGAAAGAUCUUCUUCCUCAGUUGCAGUUAAUCGCUUGUCCAUUUAUAAUUUCAUCACCAAGGCCAAACAGGACUUUUGGAAUAAAUGGCACAAGGAGUAUCUGCACGAACUGCAAACUCGCCACAAGUGGCAGGAUUCCACAGCUGAGCUCAAGGUGGGGGCAGUAGUGCUUUUAAUGGACGAUCUCCUCACUUGUGCUCGAUGGUCGCUGGAUGUCAUCACUGAGGUGUUUCCUGGCAGUGACGGAAUCGCUCGGGUGGCAACCAUCAGAACCACAAAUGGAACAUUCAAGCGCAACAUUACCAGAUUGUGCAUGUUGCCAAUGACUUAG